CAUAUUAAUGUAUGAAUACUAAUACUCCCGUUUACAAAAUCCCAAAAAAACAUUGAAAUUGAUGACACACAGCUUUAACAACGGCAACUUUGUAGUGAAAAUGAGUCCGUGAAAUCAAACGCCUGUGUUGCAAAAAUGAGUGGGCUGUGGUCCGAUAAUCCGAGUCCUGAGUAUGAGUGGUGCUUGAUCUGCCCCAGGUGUAAUGCCAGAAGCUGCCGCCGCAAACAGUCCCACACCAAAGCAAACCCCGAUCGCUACUUCUACUCUUGCCCCGAUGACAAUUUUUUCAAGUGGGAGGACGAGGUGAAGCCCCAUGAAUGGGUCAGAGUGCCUUGCUGCGGGGGCUGCAGCGCCGGUGUUUGCCGGGUGAGGAGGGAAGUCUUCGGGCCCAAUGCGGGUCGGAUCAUGUUCAUGUGCAGAGUAAAGGAGGGAGAGGGUUCGUGUGGGUAUAGAGUUUGGCAAGACGAGCUAGAAAUGAUGGAAGCUCGUCAGGCAGAGGAAAGGAUGAGCUCGUCUCAAUCGGGAAGGGUAGAUUGCAACGGUGGAGUCACUGAUGCCAUUGAGGAUGACAGCAAGCAGAGGGAUGAAGGAACUGAUCAUGUGUCACCUUUGGUUGAACCUUCAGAUGAUCUUGUGUGUCGUGAAGUAACCCCUUGGAGGAGGGAUCAGUUGAAAGGCAUGGAAGAAAGAUAUAAUUUGACUUCGAGGAGACCUCACAAACGAUCACGUUGUGGAGGAAUAAUAGCUUCGGGUUUUCCAAAUUCUGCUAGCGUUUCGACAGUACGUGUAGCACUGAAUACUAUGUCAACUAGACACUGUUGGAUGGCGGAUGCAAUCCAUCGGAAUCUAAGCACUGAACUCAAUGGCUGGUGGGGAAGGCUUGUUUUCCAUCCGAAGCGCUGCUUGAUGACUUAUGAACUGAAAUCAUCCACCUCGUCUGUUUCCAAUCCUCUAGAGUUUGUGGUGCAAGACAUUUUGGUGAACUUUAGUAGUUCAAUCACCCCAGGAAGAAAUGCAAAGGCAGUCCAAGGCUAUAAAGAGCUUUCGUUCAAUCUGGAACAGCAUCAUAGUCCUACUCUUAUAGACUCCACUUAUGUGGUACCGGAACAGAUUGUGGUCGAUGCAACAACUUCAACAAGGAGCUCAGAUAUUCCACUUUCUCCUGUUUCUCUAAAGAAACCAUCUUGCAAGCCAACAAAUGAAGGUAGAAUGUCAAAAUCAAUCUCGAAUGUAUUCCAUCAAGCUGCCGAACGCCUCCAGGAUGAGCUUCUUGCCCGUCUGGAGACAAUGGAUGUUAAAGACCACGCUGCCAUGAGUCAGGAGGCGGAAGCUACGUUUGCUGCUCUAGAUUGCUUGCUCUUCGAUUACAAAGAUUUCAAAAGGCACGUGGAUGAACUGAUCCGUUGUGCUUCACAAUUGUUUGAGAUUGACCAAGCUAUUCUCACGAAUGAUUCUCAUCAGAAGUUAAUUGAGAUCUGUUCUACAGAGAGAGAGAGGCUAGAUGAGAUCAACCGCGUGCAUGCUGAGGCACUCGAAGCCCUGAUCGACAGCAAGAAUCACAUAAAAGUUUUGCAAGAAGAGAUCUCUUCUGCCCUGGCCCGGCUGUUCCAGAUUGAAGCCGAUGUAUCUUGUUGUGAGGUUGAGAUGAGGUGUUUGGAGAUCGAGCUCGAGAAAACAUCUCAAAACAAGGAGGCGUUGGAGGGCAAGUACUUGAUUGCAUCUAAAGAACUGGAAGAGUCUCAGAAACUCAUCAAACACAGUGAAGCAGAACGAAAUGCUGCAAAGGCUGCAUUCAACAGGGCAAGGGCAUUGCUACGAGGAUAGAAUUGCACCCGAGCUGCCUCGUUGUUCAUGUAACGUAUCU